GCAAAGGGAAGCAUUUGCCUGUCAGACGUCGCGUCGGCGAUUUCGUGUGUCGUUUCAUUUGAUUAAUAUUGAUCAAUUGAUAAAUAUUAAGCAUAGCAAAUCUAUGCACACACAUUCAUUUGGCCCUGGCCAUAAAUUUCGACAGCUUGGAGCUCUGACGCCAGCUGGGUAGCAUCCAUCUGAGUUCUGAUUACAAACGAAAUAGUACAAAUACAUUGAAGAUGAGCCUGCAAUCGAUCAAAUACAAACGUGGCAGCUUGGAGAUUCUUGACCAGCUGCUGUUGCCCGUCGUGUCCAAAUAUGUGACCGUGAAAGGAGUCGAGGAUGGCUGGAAGGUCAUCAACAAGAUGCAGGUGCGGGGCGCCCCCGCCAUUGCCAUCGUGGGCUGCCUUUCGCUGGCUGUCGAAAUACAUCCGGAGGUGUUCGAGAGCAAGAAAUCUCUGCGACAGGAGAUUGAGGGCAAACUCAACUAUUUGGUCUCCGCUCGCCCAACGGCGGUAAAUAUGAAAAUUUCCGCCGAUGAACUGAUUACGCUGGCCAAUGACCUGACCAAGGAUGAUGCUGUCUCCAUCGACGACAUGAAGCAUAGAUUCCUUAACGCCACCGAGGCGAUGCUGGAAAAAGACAUUGCGGAUAAUCGAGCAAUCGGUGCCAAUGGCGCCAAGGCCAUACUGGAGCACGUGGCGGAGACGGGAGGCGCCCAAGGAGCUGGUCCCGUGCGCGUCUUGACCCACUGCAAUACUGGCUCUCUGGCCACCGCAGGCUACGGCACAGCGCUGGGCGUCGUGCGGCAUCUGAGCGAGUUGGGCAAGCUGGAGCACGUUUACUGCACGGAGACGAGGCCUUAUAACCAAGGAGCGCGUCUUACCGCCUAUGAGCUGGUGCAUGAGAAGCUGCCCGCCACUCUGGUGCUGGACAGCAUGGUUGCGGCGCUGUUUCGGGUCAAAAACGUAGCUGCCGUUGUGGUGGGUGCAGAUCGGGUGGCUGCCAAUGGCGAUACGGCGAAUAAAAUCGGCACAUACCAAAUUGCUGUGGUGGCCAAGCAUCAUGGCGUGCCCUUCUACGUGGCUGCACCACUGACAUCCAUCGAUCUGCAGAUUCCCAGCGGUGAUCACAUCAUCAUCGAAGUGCGACCCGAUCGAGAAAUGACCCACGUGGGCGAGCAUCGCAUUGCAGCGCCGGGCAUCAAUUGUUGGAAUCCCGCCUUUGAUGUAACGCCCGCUACGCUUAUAACCGGAAUCAUUACGGAACAUGGCAUCUUCAAGCCGACAAUGUUAAAGGCUGAAAUUACCAAGCUGCUUGGAUUAUAACAGCCGCAUAUAUUGUUGUUUUUCAUAUUUGCGUUGAAUGAAUGCACUCCAGUUUAUAAAAACAAAAACAAUGCACAGACACACAUACACACACACACACACACACACUAACAACCACAUCCACAAUCAGCUUUUGUAUAUGUGGAGCGGCUGUGAGCGAUAAUACAAUGCACAUUAUACAUACCUAUUUA